UUGAGACGCCGCCGCCGCCACCAUGGCCAUCGCGCACAUCGCCACCGAGUACGUCUUCUCGGACCUCCUGCUGAAGGAGCCGGCGGAGCACAGGUACAAGGGGCUGCGGCUGGAGCUGGCCGUCGACAAGCUGGUCACCUGCAUCGCCGUCGGGCUGCCGCUGCUGCUCAUCUCGCUGGCCUUCGCCCAGGAGAUCUCGAUCGGUACCCAGAUGAGCUGCUUUUCUCCAAGCUCGUUUUCUUGGCGCCAGGCAGCUUACGUUGACUCCUACUGCUGGGCAGCGGUACAGCAAAAGCAGCUUUCACAGAGUGACUCGGGGCAUCUUCCACUCUGGCUCCACAAGUUUUUCCCAUACAUCCUUCUGCUAGUUGCCAUCUUAUUGUACCUGCCCUAUCUCUUCUGGCGCUUCACCGCAGCACCCCACCUUGGUUCAGACCUGAGGUUUAUAAUGGAAGAACUGGACAAGGCCUACAACAGAGCGAUCAAAGCUGCCAACAGCUGCCAAGAUGGCAACGUGAAGGAAUCUGCCAGCUCCGCGCCUGUCUUUAAUGACAACGUUGCCCAGAGUUUCUGGGAGAUAUCUGACAGCCAUUUCAAAUAUCCCAUUGUGGAACAAUACCUGAAGUCGAAGAAAGGUUGCAAGACCCUAAUCAUCAAGUACAUUGUUUGCCGUUUGCUGACUCUAAUCAUUAUUCUGCUGGCUAGCCUCUACCUGGGCUAUUACAUCAGUCUUUCUUCUAUGACGGAUGAGUUUAUCUGCAACGUCAAAACGGGCUUAUUGAAGAAUGACACCAGCGUUCCAGAUCGAUUUCAGUGCAAGCUGAUUGCUGUCGGCGUCUUUCAGCUGCUCAGUUACAUCAACUUGAUUGUGUACGCGCUGCUGACACCCCUUGUGAUCUAUGCAUUGCUGGUGCCAUGCAGGCAUAGCUCAGACAUCCUGCAAGUGUAUGAACUUCUACCAACCUUCGACGUGCUCAAAAUCAAAACCAGGCGAUAUGAUGACUUAAGCCUGUACCUUCUCUUCCUUGAGGAAAACGUGAGUGAGCUCAAAUCGUACAAGUGCCUCAAAGUUCUGGAGAACCUGAAAGGCAGUGGGGAGAGAUUUGACGCCAUGCAGCUGCUGAUGAACCUUGGCUCAAUUAAAGUGGAUGCUCUAGAUGGCAAAUCGCCCACUGCCAAAGGCACCUGUGGAAAGACAGCUGAAGCGGAAGUGGCAAACAAUGCAACAGAAUUAGAAGAUUUGACAGGACAAAAAUCAGAGGAGGAGGAAGAAAAGACCGUUAAAGAUGGAAAGCUUCGGCAGAGGCUUCUUGAUUCUUCUUGCUGAUAGAACCAAUGGGUGAUUUGUUGAUUAUGACAGUUCUUCCUACACCAUCCAGCAGAUGCCUUAUUGAACACUGGACGACUGUCUCCUUGUUGAGGGUGCAAAAGCCUGAAGAUAAAGGCAACAUUUACAAGCUAUUUAUAUGACAGUGUUUACACGCCUGUGAAAACAGAUGCCAUAGCAGUGAUUUGCAUUAACUCUAUUAGAGACAAAUCAUGGGAAAAAGCUAAAGUCCGUAAUGUAAAUAGGCUAGAGACAGAAAUAGACUGGGAGCAGUAAACAACUUGAAGUUAAAAGGUGUGACACAAGUUGUCUGUUGCAUGUAUGCAUGAAUAUCCGUCACCCAGUUAUUCAUCAUUCUCACCCAUUUGUUCAUUUAACUCUCUACCCUGAACCUGGUCACAGUAGAUACAACAAUUUAAAAAAACCCAAAUUAUAGUUACAUUUACAAAUUAUCAUUGUGUAAAGAUAUAAUUAAACAGUAUCAGCUAGAAUGGACAGCUGUGCACAAAAGAGUAUAAAUAAAAUAACCCAAUUGCAGUUUAAAACUAAACAAGAAAACAAACUAAGCUGAGGAUGGGAAUAGAAAUCACCCAACAUAUAAGUGAAUAAAAUAUCACUACCUGUAUGGUUAAAGAGAUCUGCAUUUCAAAAAGGCAAAAUGAGGUUCCUCAUAAUUAACCUCCACAAAUUGGGUUGAGAGCUGUACAUCUCUUGUGCACAGCAGCUUCCCAACCAGCUCAGACCUGACUGAUCCCUUUCAGUCUUUAUCUUCCCCAGGUGAGAGAUGAGGAAGGUACAGAUUGCCGCUCCUCCUUCAAGCCCCACAUACACGCAUGGAUGUUGAUAUUUCUCGGUUUCUCCCCUUGAGGCAACCUUCCAGCACUGCCUUCAAGUCAAGCAGGCUCUGUCGGAUAUGGUAAGGAUGGACAGGUCAAAAUCCUGCCUUGAUCCUGGUUCUCACAUGCAUGUGGGCACUUGGAUUCUCUGUGCUUAAUUACUGUAUCCUUGAAAACAAACUGUUGAACCAUGAGAGCACUUUAAUUGCAGCCCGUUCAUUGGCUUCAAUGCAAUCACACAGAAUAAAGGUGGCAGGGGAUGCUGUGCUUGGAUGCGCCCUUCCCCACUUGAAAGGCUCUUCGAUAGUUUUACGCUAUGUUACAUAUUGAAACAAAUAUGCACACCUGCUGCAAAUAUGCAAAAAAAUAUACCUGCUGUUUCUACUACAGACCACUAACCACCCCAUGAUAACAUGAGCUGUGGGGGUACUGCAAGCAGAAGAGGUAUAAUCUCAGAUUCCCCCACUGUCAGUUCUUUUAUACUGGUACUUUUUACUCUUACUUUGGCUGUGGUGUGAAAUGUUCAAGGUGCAGAUAUGCAGAAGAGCCAUCUGUGAUUCAUCAAGGAAUUUUCUGUGAUCAUUGUGGAGAAUAGGUAGCAAUUGUCAGUAUGUUUCUAGGGAAGCGAUACCGUAAGGGCAGUCUGAAGCCUGAGCAUGACAAGCUUACCAUUUGGGGAAGAUACCGAAGACCAGUCCGUGCCUAUUCCCCUGUGGCAGUUUCUUCAGGGCUGCUCCCUUCCUUUGCUUCAAUGACCAGCUUUGUGUGUGUUUCAAUACAUGUGCACUAAUUCACAUCCAGGCAGCAAAUAUUUACUAAUGUUGAUUGAAACAAAUAGCCAUGUGCUUCGAGAUGGGCAAACGCUCCACUUAAAUCAGAAAUGCAGCAUCAAAAAACAUGGUGGGACAAGAAGUUUUUCUGAGAAUUCUAAAUUAGAUCCUAAUGAUAGUAAUUUCAUGGGUCCUUUCCGGGCUGCAUAUAUAUCCUUGGUAUAUCCUUCAGCCAGCCCUACUAUUGGAUAAAAUGAGAUGUUUUUGCAGCUGAGCAAAUUUCAGGAGGUUGUGAGGCAACAAUGAAGUUCUAGAAAGCAGAACUGUUCCUGGGCCAGUGCUGAAGCAAGAUUCAACUUCUAGUCUUCCACUGGUGCCUUCUGUAUAUUUUGGAUUUCAGCUCCCAUCAGCCCCAGCCAGCAUGACUGAUAGUCCAAAAUUCUAGGAGUUACGGCCCAAAGCAUCUGGACAGUGCCAGGUUGCAGAAGGCUGGUCUAGUUGGUUUCUAUGCACAAAAUGGGAUUGGGGCUACCAUUUUGUGUUUCCCCUUCGGACCAAAGUGUUUUCACUGGUCCUGCUGCAGUGCUGCUUGGGGUUAGGGCUUAGUGCAUUUUUCUUUUUCAGACAGCUAGGCUCACUGGAUAAAAGCUAAUUUAAGCCCUACUUAGAGCAUUCCCAUUGUAAUGCAUUGGACAUGCUAACAAGAAUUAACUUACGUCACAUUUGUUUCAGUGAUAUAAUUCUUAAAGCACGCUUUCAUGGUUCCUGGUACAUCUCUCAGUUUAUGGAUUAUUUGCUUGAGUCAGGACCCAGAGGCCAUGGUAUACUGUAAAACCAAGCUAUUGUGCAAUGACUUGCGUAGCCAUGUUUUUCCACAAAGUGCAAAUGCAUUUCAGCAGUCACUGAACUUGCCACAAACACAAGUGUUGCAUUUCUGAGCUCAUACACCUGCUCAGUCCACAUUCUUCUAAGUAGGUGCAUAAGCUUCUAAUGUCCUCAGUUUAAAUCGCAAGUGGAGCAGCUCCUGUAGAAAACAUUAGUUCAUUGCAAGUUCAUAUUCCAAGUCCUGUUAUUUUUGAACUUUGGAAGCAUUGCUAGAAAUAGGAAGAGAAGGGUAGCAAAAAUGGUGAGAGACCUGGUGAUUGGGAUUAUGUGAGAAAACAUUGGAGGAGUUUGCUGUGUUUAACCAGAAGAGAUGAUAGCACUCUUUAAGUAGUUAAAGGGCUGUUACAUAAGACAAUGGGGCAAGUUUGUUUUCUCUUGCUCCUGUGGGUUCAAAUGACAAAGGAACAAGAUUUUCAAUAAAGAAGGAAUUCCUGAUAAUGUGAGCUGCUCCAAUGAGAGCACACUGCCUUAGAAAACAAAACCAGUUAGACUAUGUGGCCUUUGAGGACCCUUUCCAACUCUUUAAGACUGAGAAUUCAGCAGAACACUGUAAUAGGUCGAAACUUGGCCUUAAUGCUACCAAUUGUUGCCUUCAACAUUCAGAGCCGAUACUUUUUAAUGCAACAGUGUGGCUAUUAACUUUUUAUUGAGAACAUUUGCUAAAGUCUUUGUAUUUUUUUAGAUCUUGUCUUUCUUCUGUGAUAAAGGGGAAAGCACCUAGAUCAGUGGUAUAACGCAUGUUUUGCAUGAAGAAGUUGGAAGUGCAAGUAUCUCUGGUAAAGGAACCCUUUUCCCUGGUUCAGGGAUUUGAGAUAAGAAUAUACUUUGUGUAUGAUAUGGCCAUGUAUGUUUAGUACAUUAGAAUUGCAUGGAAUAUUGCAGCAGAAGAAAGUAAGUGUUGACGUGAACAGCCCAGUAAGCUUUGGCUCUUAGGCAGUACAGAAAAAUUGUAAGUAAAAUCCACAUGGGAAGUUGACAAGUCAAAGUGUUUAACUGUGCUGACCUCUUUAAUAAAGUGUCUACAUGUGCAGUGUGGCAACAGUUAACCCUGUGAAUAUGUUACUGUGUUCUGUCUUCAUUCCAAGCAGAAUUGUAUCAAAUGACCUGGACUAAGUUCCUUCCCAUUUCACAGAAGUGGCACAUGAGUCAAAUGUUCUGCCAUGAGGAACAGUGACUGAUUUUAUUUAUUGGUUAGUUCUCAGUAAUAAAAUCAAUGCAUUCAUAAUUAAUACGCCUUAAUAUAAUAAAAUCUGUAAAGGAAAUCA